GUUGACCCCCUCAUUCCCUCACUCUUCAUUUCAAUUCCCCUGCACCCCCUCAUUCUCUAGCCAACUUUCUUAGAAAAAAUUAAACCAUGAAGAUCUUCAAUUGGAUGCACAAGAGGUUUCAUCAUAACAAUAAUCUCAAGGAUGGGUUUUCUUCAAACAUGAAAAAGAAUGAAACUUUAAUCAACAACAUUGCUAAUCAUCAAGCUUUGUUGAAACAAGUUGCUCUCACAGAUAUGCUUGGUGGUUGGAAAGAUGGAAUUCUAACCAUUGGUACUCUUGGCUAUGAUUCAUUGAAAGAACAUUAUGACAUGGUUCAUGAUGAUGCUGAUGAUGUUGAAAACUUCUAUAAUGCUGAACAAGAGGAACUUAAUCCAUUAAUCAACAACACAUUUGAACACAACUUUGAGGAUGUUGUUUGUGAAAACCAUGAUGAUGAUGCUAACAAAGAGGAAGAAAUAACGAUUAGGACUUUUAAGGAAAUUGUUGUGGUUACACCUUUGAUUUGUAAUGAAAUCAUGGAGGAGGCAAAUGAUGUCGAGGCUGAUCAAAAGAAAAGGAUCACAUUAGCUGAUUUGUUUCUUGCUGAUUCUGAUGUUAAGAUUAAACUUCAUUACCCUGCACCCAAAGUCUUGCUUGAGCCAUGUGAAAAACCAAACAUUAAACAAAACAUGGAUUUUCUUUUGCUAAGAAGAUCAUUCCUCUUGUUAAGGACAAUGCACGUCCAAUUAAAGACAUCAAGAAAUUGAUGAAGAAGAUGUUAAAGAGGAAAAUUCAUCCGGAUCUUGAUGUCAAGAAUCACAAAGCAGAAGGUCAAGAAAUCAAUGAAGAAGGAAUCAUUAUUGAUAACAACAUGAUUAAUGAAGCAAGUGACUCAAGUUAUUUUCUCCCAAUUUAAGGUAAGC